AUGCCGGCAACUCUCCGCAAGCAGCGGCAGCGCUGCCGCUGCUCGCGGAGAGGUCCGCUGAAGCCUGGGCGCGCUGAUCUCAGCGCGCGCAGGCUUCGGCAUGCCGGCAACUCUCCGCAAGCAGCGGCAGCGCUGCCGCUGCUCGCGGAGAGGUCCGCGAGCCUGGGCGCGCUGAUCUCAGCGCGCGCAGGCUUCGGCAUGCCGGCAACUCUCCGCAAGCAGCGGCAGCGCUGCCGCUGCUCGCGGAGAGGUCCGCGAAGCCUGGGCGCGCUGAUCUCAGCGCGCAGGCUUCGGCAUGCCGGCAACUCUCCGCAAGCAGCGGCAGCGCUGCCGCUGCUCGCGGAGAGGUCCGCUGAAGCCUGGGCGCGCUGA